AUGGAUUAUAGAUCAGGUAGCAGAGGUGGCCGUGGUGGCUCUAGAGGUGGCAGAGGUGGCUUUUCUCGUGGUGGCAGCAGAGGUGGUGCCAGAGGUGGAUUUUCCCGUGGUGGUGCCCGUGGCGGUGCCCGUGGUGGCAGAGGCGGCCCUCGUGGUGGUGCCCGUGGUGGCAGAGGCGGUGCUAGAGGUGGCAGAGGCGGUGCGAGAGGUGGUGCCCGUGGUGGUGCUAAAGUUGUUAUCGAACCACACAAGCACGCUGGUGUGUUCAUUGCCAGAGGUAAGGAAGAUUUGCUAGUUACCAAGAACGUCGCUCCUGGUGACUCCGUGUACGGUGAAAAAAGAAUUUCUGUGGAAGAGCCUUCUACUGAAGAAGGCGUGCCUCCAACUAAGGUUGAAUACCGUGUGUGGAAUCCUUUCAGAUCCAAGUUGGCUGCUGGUAUAAUGGGUGGUUUAGAUGAGCUUUUCAUUGGCCCUGGCAAGAAGGUCUUGUACCUGGGUGCGGCUUCCGGUACCUCUGUUUCUCACGUUGCCGAUGUUGUGGGCCCUGAGGGUUUGGUCUACGCUGUUGAAUUCUCUCACAGACCUGGUAGAGAAUUGAUCUCAAUGGCUAAGAAGAGACCUAACGUCAUUCCUAUCAUUGAAGAUGCUAGACACCCUCAAAAAUACAGAAUGUUGAUUGGUAUGGUCGACUGUGUUUUCGCAGAUGUUGCCCAGCCAGAUCAAGCUCGUAUCAUCGCUUUGAACUCUCACAUGUUUUUGAAGGAUCAAGGUGGUGUCGUUAUCUCUAUCAAGGCAAACUGUAUUGACUCCACUGUUGAUGCUGAGACUGUUUUCGCAAGAGAAGUACAGAAGUUGCGUGAAGAGCGUAUUAAGCCUUUGGAACAAUUGACUUUGGAACCUUACGAAAGAGACCACUGUAUCGUCAUUGGUAGAUACAUGAGAAGCGGUUUGUAA